AUGGAGGAGAUAGACAGGCUGCUUUCCACCAUCGAGCUUGACGAGUACACCAUCAAGGAAGUCCAAAAUGGUUGGGAGACGACCGAGAAACGGUUGGGCGGGCCAAAGGCGGCCGGUGAGGAGGUGUUCACGAAGCUGAGGCGUCUCGGCACAGCAAGAAUCAAAGCUUUCUCUUCGAUGAAGAUGGAAGCCAUGACAGUAGUGGGCUUCCAUCGUCGCGCUUGUCCCAGGAAUGAACUUCCAAAGACGCAGGGGAUGCUCACGCGAUCUAGCACCGUUUGGCACCUCUUGUCGGAGUUGUUGCAAUCCCUCGACGAGCCGAAGCUUGUUCAGAAGCGCCUGGAGUACAUCGCCCUGCGCCACAUGAAUGCGGACAUCACCACGGCCGACGUCGAGAUCUUCCGCAACAUCCUGUUUGAAGUUUGUGCGUCGAAGCUGGGUGGUUUGAUGACUCCAGAGUUCCAGUUUGGCCUGGGUCAGAUCGUCGUGGCCGUGGGCACUUCCUUGGCCAAGACCCAUGCGCACUAUGCACAGCGACUAAAGCUGCUGACAACCUGCUGGAAGGAAGUGAAUGUGACCGAGGACGACACCCAAGAGCAACAGGGCCCCGUGUCUCGGCAAAACUCAGAGGAGCAAGACAAGCCGGCAGGGGAGGAGGAAGAUACGACAAAGGACAAAUCCGAGCAGCAGGCCAAGGAAGCUAGCACGACCGGGGAUGGUGCAAAAGAUGCGGAGAAGGGUGAACAGGAGCAGGGCGAUGAUAAGCAUGGAGCGUGGCAGGACAACUCCAACCUGAACAUUCCAAAGACCUUUGCCGCAAUGGCGCGGUUCAAUGCUGCUGUGAUGGGCACGGGCGACCGCAUGUGGUUCGCUGACAUGCUCUAUGCCAUGGAGUCUCUCGUGCCCUACAUCGGCAACAUAGACCGGGUUCAGGAAGACUGCGACGUACUGAUGUUGACGUUGGCCAAAUACGGCCAAAUCAAUCUGAAGGAAUUCCGUUCCGUGAUGUUCGCAAGUCUUAGGUCCCUCCUGCCCACCAAAUGGAGCAACGACCACGAGAAUGCUUGGGCUUGGUUCUGGACCAUUGUGGAGAAGAAGGUUGAAGAGAACAAGAAGCUCCCCGUGUACAACCACCAGUGCUUGAGGACGUUUCUGGCUCGCCUCGACGAAGAGACCCUUGCAGACUUUAAGCUGAAGGUGUUCGACUCCUUCUUCGCAAACUGCGAGGAGUCGCAGCGUUACUUGCGGGCGGCCAACAAGCGCUUGGUGUACAUCAUGGGGAGGAUCUUGACCAUCAUGUCGGACAUCUACACAAAGACCCACCAAGCCGUCAUCGCCCUGUCCGCUUUGGGCCUUCUUCAUGCCGGGCACGGGGUUCCGGAGGACUUGGUGCGCCCUUUUGUCGCAGCUUUCAUGGGCUGUAUGAAGGAGAACUGCCCAGAUGAGUCUAUACAUGAUGGGCUCUGGUGGACGUUGGAUCUCAUGGGCAGGAUCCUCAUCCGAACCCUGGCAGAAGGCUCCACUCCAGUGAUCAUCGCCAUCAACAGGAACACAUCAAAGGCCAUGAAGGUGGCUGUAGCAAACUAUCCUCGUGGACAGCGCGAGGUGGUCUUGCUGACGGUCCAGGUGGGCACCGAAUCGAUGUCUCCUUUGAUAUGGGCAGUGGAGAAGGGCGCCCUGGAGUCUGCGAGGGAGAUCCUGAACGAUUUGUUGACCAUGCGUGCGGACCGUGCCCGGUACUAUUACGGAAUGGAGAUGUUGUUCACCCGCCAUUCUGACAUCAUCAGCCUGCUUUGCACCAAGGCGCCGUCUCUCUUGCCGACGGUCUUUGAUGGACUCAUCUGGCGUUCCAAGAAUGUGAAGAAUGGCAUGCGGCGUGCGAACUACUAUAUCGCGUCCUUGCUCAGGGGCGAAGAUGGCCAGCUGACAGACUCCCUCCUCGACCUGAUCAAGCAAGGUGACCCCGAAAUCAUCUGUCAUCCCACGGUGGUGUUUCAGGCGGAUCUUCUUUGGACUCGGCUUUGUUGCUUGCCAUGGGCUAUGACGAAGCUGUGGUUCUGUGCCACCCUUGUGGUCUACGUCAUGGCAGAGCAGCAAGCUGUGACUUCAAGCGAUCCCUUGAGUCAGGAGCGCUUCACUACCAUCAUCUGCCGGGCCUUCUUGUACCUCGGCAGCCUUGGGCAGCUCUUCGCCAAGCAUGCCUACCAGACAUACAGGGCAGCACGCCAGAAGCAGAUGACGCGCAUCUGCUGCUUGCCGGUGCCCAAGUACGUGCUGCAAACGCGGCAGGAGUUGACCGAAGUUGCUCUCAUGCUCCUCUUGAUGUGUUUGUUGUGUUGCGAGCCAGUGCUUCACUGCCUUGCCGUCAGCAGCGAGCUGCUGACAAACUGCUGCGAGCACGGGGAAUGGCAAUGCAAUCUGAUCCAGGUGUAUAACCGCCUCGCCACCUUUCCCAUGGUCCUCUACUUCGUGCUUACCUCCGAGUUGGUGCACCUGAAUGUCAGUCUCUCCGUCUUUAGCGUGAUCUGUUCGUGUCUCAUGUGGGAGUUCAUGCUGUAUGUGGCAGUCCUGGCAUUCUUUGCUGCGGCUUUUGCAUCGGCGAUUGCUUGCUUGCCUCAAGCUCUGGCCGCUGAUUCGGUUCACGAACGCGACUUCUCCAGCUGGCCUUUGGCUUUUGAGUCUUUGCUGUCCUCUGCCUUCAAUGUCUAUGACAGUGACAACUACGAGCAAAUCGCGGUCGCAGAUGAGCCGAUGCUAAAGUGGUUUGUCAUGGCCUUCGCCGCAUGCUGGCACGUGUACCUCAUGAACCUCAUGGUGGCACAACUUUGCCAGCGCUACAACGACAUCUACCACGACGCACGUGGCAAUGCUCGCCUGACCCGUGGAACCAACAUCUAUGAGACCUCCAUGCCGUUGAUUUCCAAGAAACGCUGGACAGCCUUCGUGGAGUCCUUACACUUGGACGAGGCUUGCGAGCUCGAUGAGGGCGACACCGGGCCCCGCGGUGCAGUUCCGACGACCGAGAGCCCGUACGACUACUUGCAGUAUCCCAAGGUGACGCUGGAUCGCGUUCAGCGGUACGGUGGCCUUGCGCAUCCAAGGCUGCCGUGGCCAUCUCUCGAUGAGGCUGUGGACGACAGCGCCGUCGGCAAGUUAACGCGCAUGACGCAGUCCAAGUUCGAGGAGAUGGACAGGCUCAUGGUGGACAUGGCCAUCAAACUCCAGGUUCGUCCUCCAGGGACCUCAGGUGGCACCAAGGACUACUCAGCCAUGCACUCCGAGAAGCGCGAUGAUGAAAGCAAGAUUGCCGAAUCUGUUGAUGAUCACGAACAUGACAUCGGCACCAUAAAGCAAACCGAAGUCUCAGAGGAGUUGGCCGUGAACGAGAAAACCGUGAACGAGCUCAUGAAUGAGCACACCGAUGAAGCCGAGACCUUGACAGCGAACCCCCUUUGA